AUGUCCGAACGCCCGUCGGGAUUGGGCCGAAACCCAACAGCGCCUCCUGUCAUGGCAAAUGGGCACUUUGCUACGAUCGGCGACAGCAGCGACGUCGCAUCCUAUGAGCAUGGAGUACAAGUCAUUGACGGGGAUAAGGAGUUCAAUCCCAACUUGUCCAAGUAUCUCUCUCUCGAAGAUGUCACCUCCGCCGGGUUCAAUUACCACCUCAUCUCUGUCUUCGGUUCGCAGUCGACCGGCAAGUCUACCUUGCUGAACAACCUCUUCGGUACCCAGUUCUCGGUGAUGUCCGAGUUGGAGCGGAGGCAAACGACCAAAGGUAUUUGGCUGUCGAAGAACAAGAAGCAAGGGGACGCGGCCGCGGACGGGACCCGCAUGGCGGACAAUAUCUUGGUAAUGGACGUGGAAGGUACCGACGGCCGCGAACGAGGCGAGGACCAGGAUUUCGAGCGCAAGUCUGCUCUAUUUGCGCUUGCGACUAGCGAGGUGCUCAUUGUCAACAUCUGGGAGCACCAGGUGGGGUUAUACCAGGGUGCCAACAUGGGUCUGCUCAAGACGGUGUUCGAGGUCAACCUGCAAUUAUUCUUGAAGGAUAAAAAUACGACGCAUCGAUCCCUCCUUUUCUUUGUUAUUCGUGAUUUCAUCGGCACCACUCCGCUUAAGAACCUCCAAAAGACACUGCUGGAAGACCUGGCUCGUCUGUGGGCCACAAUUUCGAAGCCGGCUGGGCUCGAGAACUCUACAAUCCACGAUUACUUUGACUUCCAGUUCUAUGGACUUCCGCAUAAGGGCUACCAACCCGAUCAGUUCGUGGCGGAAACGAAGAAGUUGGGCCUGCGCUUCCGCGACGGCCACCGUGACCCGAAGCGAGAUGCCCUCCGGGGCGAGUUCUCCGAAGGCGGGGUUUUCCUUCCCGAAUACCACCGACGAAUCCCAGCUGAUGGAUUCUCGCAUUAUGCCGAAGGUAUUUGGGACCAAAUUGUCAAUAAUAAGGACCUGGAUCUGCCCACGCAGCAGGAAUUGCUUGCUCAGUUCCGUUGUGACGAAAUCUUGCGGGAAGUGAUGAUUGGAUUUGAUGAAACUAUUACUGCGUUUGAGGACAAGCAGGCCGAGGGUGUCCGUCUGGGAGCCCCGGAAGUCCUGGGUGGCUUGGGCGCGGCCAUGCGUGGGGCCCGCUCGAAGACUCUCAAGGGCUUUGAGACCGAGGCCAGUCGGUACCAUAAGGGUGUCUACCAGCGGAAGAAGGCUGAGCUGGAGGGUAAGGUUGAUACGCGACUAAAGGCUCUCUUCCAUGGUCAGAUAUCAGCUGCCCACAAGUCUGGUAUCCAUGACUUUAGCGAGGCAGUUACCAAUGCUGUCAAGUCUGGUCAGAAAAAGGGGGGUAGUUAUGAUUUCGCUGAGAUUGUCAACCGGGAGACCAAUAUCUCUCUAGAGAAAUUCGAGGAGGUUGCUCGCUCAACACUGGUCGAAGGUGCCUCUUGGAGCAACUACAAGCAGGAGCUGAGCCUUUAUGAGAAGGAGCUGGCUGAAGUCAGCGGUCGUCUGCGACGAGAUGAGAUGAGACGACUGGCCAGCCGUGUUGAGCGGUGGGUUCAGUCUCGUCUUGGCGAAUCGGUGGGACUCGAGUUCAACAACCUCGGCUCUGGACGCGCGGGCGGCGGUGCCCCUGAGAAUGGUGAAAAGCCCACUGAGCAGGCUUUCUGGGAUCGGAUCUGGAACGUGUUUGUGGAGACUGUUCUCGACGCCGAGCGGAGAUUCACGGACCGCGCCAGCAGCUUCGAUGCCAGCCUGGAAGAGGUCGAUGUUGGCCUAUGGCGCCUGCGCCGCAAGUCCUGGGGUGUUUUGCAUGCCAAGAUUGACGAGGAGAUGAUCGAGGGCAAUUUGCUUUUGAAGCUGCGUGAGAACUUUGAGGACAAGUUCCGAUAUGAUGAGGCCGGUGUGCCGCGGAUCUGGCGCCCAACGGACGACAUUGAGGGCAUCUACACUCGCGCUCGUGAGUCCACGCUGACACUCAUUCCUCUGCUCUCUCGAUUCCGUCUUGCUGAGACCAGCGCCCCUCCCCCGCUUGACCGGUGGAUCGGUCACACUCCUAGCACGGCGACUCCCGCAGAUGAGGAGGACCUGGCACCCAUUGGUGGCGUUGAUGAGGACGAAGGCAAGAGCCUGGAAGAGGAAAUGACCAUUCUCGGCGAAGCGAAGCGCCAGGAGCUCACGGUGCGCUUCAAAAAAACCGCAGAUGGGGUUUAUGUCGAGGCCAAGCGGAGUGCCAUUGGCGGCAUUACCCAGGUUCCGUUGUACUUCUACGGUUUGCUCCUGGCUCUGGGCUGGAAUGAGAUCAUUGCAGUCCUGCGCAACCCGGCCUACUUCUUCCUGCUGUUCGUGUGCGCCGUUGGUGCCUAUGUCACGUACCAGCUCAACCUUUGGGGCCCUAUCCUCAAGAUGACCGAAGCUGCGUCCCAGCAGGCACUCGUGGAAGGCAAACGUCGCCUGCGCGAGUUCCUCGAGUCCUCCGAUACUGGCCGGCAGGCUAUCGCCAUGUCCGCUUCGGAUCGAGCUGGCUCUUCGGGCAACAAGGAAGAGUAUGAGAUGUCUGAUAUGCCAAAGCGAAGCUCUGGCUUGAAGACCGACGACCUGGAUGACCUGUAA